AUGGCAUCUGUCGAUGAUAUCGCCCGGAUGAAGACCGCUGCUUUGACUGUCAUGGCUACUCGUGGUCAAGAUCAGGACCUAGUUGCCCAGCUUGCGUUAAGAUAUUCUCCAGCGGAAAACUCUGCUGAUCAAAAUCUAAGAAUCAUUCCCUGCUUCGGAUGGCAUCCGUGGUUCUCUCAUCAAAUUAUCGACGAUGUCAAUAUGGAAAUACGCAAUGGCACCAUAAUCUCCAAAGAAGAGCAUUAUAAAAAUGUUUUAACCCCCCCAGUCAAGGAUGAGAACCUGCUGCAUGGCCUCCCGGAACCGUUCCCAUUGUCGAAAUUGGUAUCUGAAACAAGAGCUCGACUGCAGAAACACCCUCACGCUCUUGUUGGGGAAAUCGGCCUUGACCGUUCAUUUCGCAUCCCAAAUGCUUGGUUUCCACAUGAGAUCAGAAAUAGAGACACCAGCCUCACACCUGGCACGAGGGAAGGAAGAACCCUGUCUCCCCAUCGCGUCACCUUGACCCAUCAGAAGGCAAUCCUUAGAGCCCAACUCAAACUUGCAGGGGAAAUGCAACGGCCGGUAUCUGUUCAUAGCGUUCAAGCACACGGUGCUUUUUUUGACCUACUCCAGGAACUAUGGUUGGGCCAUGAGAAGAAAGGUGUCUCAAAUCGGCAACGAAAGAGGCGACCAAGUGUAGACAAAGCCCACGAACUUAGCAAUAAUGACCAAGCUGAAGAUGAAAAAGGAUUGCCGGGCCCUAUAUCCCAUACAUUUCCACCACGGAUAUGCAUGCACUCAUACUCUGGGCCUCCAGACGCUUUGAAACAGUUCCUUCGCAAAUCCAAUCCGGCAGAUAUAUAUUUUUCUUUCUCUAACAUCAUUAACUUUACAAACGAUUCUUCAACAAAGGUGAUCAAGGUGAUCAAGGCGCUUCCUGAUGAUAGAAUACUGGUUGAAAGCGAUCUUCACUGCGCUGGAGAAAGGAUGGACGACUUGAUUGAAGCGAUUGUGCGUCAGAUAUGUACGAUUCGUGAAUGGGAUCUGGAACAUGGAGCUCGGGUCCUUGGUGAAAAUUGGAAGCACUUUGUUUUCGGCUAA